AUGUUUGGAAUUACUGUAAAGACAAUCCCUGCGGUGAGGCUGGCCAUUACCUAUCGAAUGCUCAGUUCCAGCAUACCACAAACCAUCAAAAAGAGCAAAAUGCCACCAAGACCCAAGUUCACCGAUGACAUGGAAAGAGACAUAGAAGAGAAGUUCCUCCACGGAGGAAGAGGCCCAGGCGGACAGAAGAUCAACAAGUGUAACAGUAAGGUACAGCUGCGACACGUUCCUACGGGAAUCGUCGUGGACUGUCAAGCAACUAGAUCCCGAGACCAAAACAGAAAGAUUGCAAGAGAAAAACUUGCAUUACGUCUAGCACAAUGGGAAAACGGCGACCAACCCAUCGAAAGAGAAUUGGCGAAGAUCCAAUGGGAGCAACAAUCGAAAAGGUCUAAAGAACGUAAGGCCAAAAGCAAGCACAGAGAAGCACAAGAACAAAGACAGCAACAAAAAUUGCAACAAACGAUAGAAGAGAAGCAAUUACUCAAGUCCCUACUGGAGCAGUAA